CAACGGCUCCUAAUUCUGGUGGUGAGCUUGCAUUGCGUACCCUCCUCGGUGCAUAAAAGAAUUUUUUUUUUGUAUUGUUAUAAUUUAUAAAAGCGGAACGCAAAUAUAGCGAACGACACCGUUUCGUGCAGUAUAACUAACUGUUGUCAUUGCCGCCUUGGGCUCAAAAUUUGAAGCACGCGAGAAAAGAUUUGAACAAUGGGAGAUGAUAAGACUACGUUCUUGUUCAUCGUCGUCUCUGCUCUACUUUCACUUAAAUUUCAGAACCAGAUGUUUAUUCUUCUCCCAUCAAAUUCAAAACCCACAAUGUAUCUACAAGCUCUUCACCCAGAAAACAUUUCACAAUGCACUUCUUCCUCACUCAUCUUUCCAAUUUCGCACACAUUCAAACCCAGACAUUCUUCUUUCCGCUCUGAUUUCUGCUAUAAGCUCGUGCCCUUCUGUCUCCUAUGGCCGUGCCAUUCACGCAUGUGUAAUCAAGUCUUACGAUUACAGUGAUGGGUUCAUUGGCGAUCAGCUGGUUUCGUGUUAUGCCAAGAUGGGUUUUGCUGAAGAUGCACUGAAGCUGUUUGAUGAAAUGCCCAACAAGGACUUGGUCUCCUGGAAUUCUUUGAUUUCCGGGUUUUCGCGAAGAGGGUAUGUGGAUAAAUGCUUGACUGCGUUUCUUGGGAUGAAGUUUGAAAUGGGAAUAGAACCCAAUGAGGUUACACUUAUAUCUGUAGUUUCAGCUUGUGCUAGCAGUGGAGCUGUUGGUGAAGGCAUGUACAUUCAUGGACUUACACUGAAAUUGGGUGUGCUGUGGGAACCAAAGCUUGUUAAUUCUCUGAUUAAUCUGUAUGGAAAGUCAGGCUAUUGGGAUGCAGUUUGUCGAUUAGUUGAGACUAUGCCGAUACAGAAUGUAGUGUCAUGGAAUUUAAUGAUUGCAAUUUACGCUCAAAAUGGAUCUGCGGCGGAGGGGUUGAAUUGUUUUAAUCUCAUGAGAAGGGCUGGAGUUUAUCCUGAUGAUGGCACUGUGGUGUCCUUGCUUCAAGUUUGCGAGAAUUUAGGUUUAGGGAAACUAGCAGAGGGUGUCCAUGGUGUAAUCAUCAAUUGUGGUCUUAGUGCAAGCGUCAGAGUUGCAACAGGAGUUGUAGAUUUGUAUACGAAGUUGGGGCGAUUAGAUUAUUCACUUACGGUUUUCAAGGAGUUAAUCGAUCCGGAUAAAGUAGCUUGGACUGCAAUGCUUGCAGGUUAUGCUACGCAUGGGUAUGGACGAGAAGCUAUGGAGAUCUUUGAAAGCAUGGUUAGGAAAGGUGUGCAGCCUGAUCACGUCACGUUCACCUAUUUGUUAAGUGCUUGUAGUCAUUCUGGACUUAUCAAGGAAGGGAGAAUAGAAGUUUAUGGAGUUGAGCCUAGGUUGGAUCACUAUUCAUGCAUGGUUGAUCUUCUGGGUCGCUCUGGGCUGCUGCAUGAUGCUUACAAGCUGAUUAAACGAAUGCCAAUGGAGCCAAACUCUGGCGUAUGGGGGGCUCUUUUUGGUGCUUGUAGGGUGUAUGGUAACAUUGAGCUUGGGAAGGAAGUUGCAGAAAUGUUAUUUGCUUUAGAGCCGUCCGAUUCCAGAAACUAUAUCAUGCUAUCAAAUAUGUACUCCGCAGCUGGUUUGUGGAGGAAUGCUUCAAAGGUGAGAGGGUUGAUGAAGGAGAAAGGUCUUGCGAGAACACCCGGAUGCAGUUUUAUUGAAUUUGGAAAUAAAAUUCAUCGCUUUGUUGUGGGUGAUCAGUCUCACCCUGAGUCAGAGAGGAUAUAUGCCAAGUUGGAAGAAGUGAUUGAAAAGAUCCGGAAGGCUGGAUUUGUGUCUCAAACUGAAUUUAUUCUACAUGAUGUUGAAGAGGCAGUGAAAGUAGAUCUGAUCAGUAAGCACAGUGAGAAAUUAGCCAUUGCAUUUGGGCUUUUGGUGAUUAAUGCUGGCAUGCCAAUAAUUAUUACCAAGAACCUUCGAAUUUGUGGUGACUGUCACGGCGCUGCAAAGUUCAUUUCAUUGAUUGAGAAGCGAACUAUUAUAAUUCGAGAUUCUAAGCGGUUCCAUCAUUUUACUAAUGGUAUAUGUACUUGUGGAGAUUAUUGGUAAUCCUGUGCACCAUGAUAGCAGUUGUUUGGCACAAGCCUUGUUCUUGAUCUCUCGGCCUACUUGCUGGAUGUGCUGCUCCUUUACCAGGUCUUCUGUUUUCUUAUAGCAUGGUGGUGCAGUUAUUAGUU